CCUAACAUAGGUUUUCGAUCGUGGACAUUUCUUGCAAAGAGCAGUUUUGCUCAUAUUCUUAAUGAUGGAGAUGUGGUUAACACCACCCAAAACUCGCCUGGGCCAUUUACAAUAACAAAACCUUCAACACUGAUUUUAAAAAACGUUAAUAUCCAGUACAAUGGAACGUACACAUUUGUUGUUGUUUCAGGUGGUAAAACUACUUCAUCUCCUGUUCAUGUGUUUGUUGCAGGUAAGUGUCAUUUGUGUAAUAUCCUAUACCUUCUUAACCUAUUUUUCACCAAAAGCUAAUUUCGCAUAAUUUUCAGGCAUUUAACAAAUUGCUUUAUUCUGAUUGGUUCAGACAACUGCAAUUACAGAUCCUGGCAUCCUGCGCACGAAUACGUGGAUAAUGUUCGGACUGAUUUUAAAAUUACUGACUGUUGCAAACGUUUGAACAGAGAUACAGGAAGGCAAUUUUAUUAUUCAUAUUAUGAUUAUACAUUAAAAAAGAAUAUAAUUCAACAUGGAAACAAAUUACAAAAUACAAAUCCCAGCAAAAACGGUGGUCUAUAAAAUAAAUCAUGUAUGGGUGGCGACACCUUUGUUGUUUUCCCUGGCGAAAAUGUGACAAUAGCGUUGAAACGUGAUGUCAGUAUAUAUGACCUCUAUGAUCUGACGUAAUUAAAACUUAUAAACGUAUAUAUAACGUUUAUAUCUGACGUAACUAAUUCUUUGAGCGUGAACUUUCAUUCCUAAAGGCAGAUAUUUGCUCAAAUUGUUGGAGAUGAGAUGGUGGGAUAUAAACCCUCCAACUUACCUGGGCGUUUAAAAUAGAAAAGCCUUCAACUUAACGGUGAUUUUAAAGAACCUUGGUAGCCGGUGCAAUGGGAAAUAACAGUUUAUUAUUUUUACACGCAAAAAUCUCACAUCUUGCAGCAAGUCUACCAACAAGCUGUCAACAAGUUGUGUUCGCACUGCUUGUCCCAAUUUGUCAACAAGUUUAGAACAAGCUGUUAACAAUUUGUAGCAACCUUGUUGUUAUUAUCAGGCUUAAUUGUUACAAGGUUGUUCCAACAAAUCCGAUACAGUCAUGAUAUAACAGUAUUGUUACAACCUUGUGUCGUCAACCUUGUAACAUUUUUGUUUAUCAUGAUUGUAUCAGACUUGUUAAGAACAACCUUGUAACAAGUCUGAUAAUGCCAUCAAGCUUGUUCCAAGUUGUUAACAGCUUGUUCCAAACCUGUUCCAACAACUGGGAACAAGCAGUGCGAAGACAACUUGUCGACAAUCGACAGCUUGUGAACAGAUUUCUAACAACUUGUUUGCAGAUUUGUAACAACUUGUGCGUUUUUAGGUGUGUAUGUAAUGUUUACAACAUGAGCGGCCGUGUUGUAUCAGAUAUACAAACUCGAGCCGAAGGCGAGAGUUUGUAUAUCUGAUACAACAUGGACGCGAAUGCUGUAAACAACUUAAAAAACGAAUCAUCUUAUGAGUUCAUUGGCGAAGUAAUUUUAAAAAUAAACGUUGUCUAAGCCGAGAAAAUCAAAGUUAAAAUUUAUGUAAAUCAACAUGAAUCUGUAUCACAUAUACAGAUACGACACGCUUAUGAUUUUUCUUUGUGUUUUCUUCAUGAAUUAUUAAUGAGUUUUUUAAAUAAAAUAACAGCUAGGUUACGUCUGCUGUUCAUGUGUUUGUUGCAAGCAAGUGUUGGUUACCAUUUUAGGACUUCUUAGUUUUACAAUUUACAUCAAAGGCCGUUGAGGCCGACGCACGGAUAAGAUCAAAUGAAAGUGACAAAAAGAAUUAGAGCAGUUUGCAGUUGUUUUUGCAAACGAGCACCGUGCGAAUUUUGCCAUUUGUCGUGCUUCUUUUGCCAAAUCAAAUGAACGAACGCGUGCUCAAACCCGAUUUCCGGUUCUGAAAAGCCAGAUUCGCAGGCAAGCAGUGCGCGCACAGCACACUCCAGUAUAACCGCAGACUCACAGAUGUUGCUUCGCAGCAUCCGCGAGCAAAAAUGACUUUCAUUGUCGUAUGACUAAGACCUCGUUCACACGAUACCGGUGUCCCAGGAUUUUCGCCCCCCCUACAUUUUCGCCCCCCGGGGGGCGAAAUUCCUAGGAAUAUCGUCCCCCCAGUGGGGCGAAAAUCCUAGGAAUUUCGCCCCCCUUUAGGAAAUUCGCCCCCCUUCAGAAACUUCAUCUUUUCUUUAGGAUUUUCGUCCCUCCGUUCAAAGUUUCGCCCUUCCUAAUAGUUGCAUCGGAUAAUUAUUACAUGGCUUUAAUCAUUUGAAAUCAGUAUCAAUUCAAAAUUGUUAAGGCAGAGCUUGAAAUAACAACCGAUCACCGAUCAAUGAUCGGCAAGGAAUUGCUUAUAAUCGGCGGAAAAGCAGGGUUUCGGUUUCCAACCUGAAAAAAGCAGGGAAAGUUAUGACUGCCGAUCACCAUGAUCGGGAACUUUGGGAACGUUAUUUCAAGCCCUUACAAUUACAUGUAUCGAAAGGGCUUACACAGUUACAGUAGAUCAAUAGAACUUAUGACGCUUCACAGCACACCAUGCGUAUUUUGCAUUUUCACUGUUAAUCCUUAAACUCAUUGUUAAAAAGUAAUCACCGUGGUGGUUAUUGUAAUUAUUGGUAUUGAUUUGCAUCCACGUUUUGUCGUUAUUGGAAAAUGUGUGGCUUAUAAGUUGUCACUAUUUUUUACUUGCAUUAUUUCAAUAUAGUUUGUAAAUCUCAGAAGCGAAGGGUAGAACUUGUCAAUAGGCAAUACUCCAAUAAUAUACGUUUCAAAGUUUUAGUUUUGCAGAGUUACAUUCUUAAAUGUUUGAGGCACUAAUAAAAUCAAAGUAUCAUGAAAUUAUUUGAAUAACUGAGUCACACCACAUAUUUAAUUCUUAAUUGAGUCGGUUUUCUUUCAUGUACCGAGGUGAUUAUUUUUAAUAAUAACCUUGAAUAUUAAUUAGCUAAAAAGAUGAAGGAAAACUCAGAAAAUCGUGGUUCAAAGCAGACGAAACAGACAAAACUUUGUUGGAAAACCUCCUCAAUCAAGAAUUAAAUAAGAUAAACACCGAGAAUGUCCGGACUUAUGUCAGAUAAUGCCCUCGGACGCUGCGCGUCCUCGGGUCAUUAUCUGACAUAAGUCCCUCCUUCUCGGUGUUUAUCCUAUACAUAAUGCAAUUAUUUUCUUCGCGGAAGUCAAGAAUCAAGAUUACAUCACUAACACUGUCACUGACAUGGAAAGUUGAUGAUUCUACGGACAAUGAUCAAUACACUUCCCAACACAUUCCAUAGAUUUUUUAUUAAUCCUAUAGUUUAUUGUUAGCAAGUGAUUACUGUGGCGGCUAUUGUUAACACUGGUAUUGAUAAAAUUUGCAAGCGAUUGUUUUUCAUAAUACGUUAUGUGAAUGUAAACUGUCAAAAGAAUACGACAACAUGAUUUUAUGCGAUCUCUGUGGGCAAUGGUUCCACUUUAAAUGUGUAGAACAUGACACCAGUGCUAAGAAGCCUAAAAUGUAUAUGUAAGUUUGUCUCCUUGUAAUAUAUAAAUAACGCAAUAAAUCUUUUCAACUUGCAAUCAUUUUGUUUUUAGAUCAAAAAUUCAAAAUUUAUAGGGGGGGCGAAAUUCCUAAAGGGGAGCGAUAUUCCUAGGAGAUUCGCCCCCCUGGGGGGCGAUAUUCCUAGGAGAUUCGCCCCGGGGGGGGGCGAAUAUCCUAGGAAUAUCGCCCCCCUUUUGAGAGGGGGGCGAAUCUCCUGGGGGGGCGAAUCUCCUGUGACACCGGCAUGAAAUUCUGCCGGCAGAAAAUCAUCACGGUUUCAACUGUUCACACGAUACCGGCAGAUUAUAUUCCGCUUUGACAAUAUGCUGCACAAAUCAGUUAAAAUAGACAGAAUAAAAUAUCCAACAACAACUUUUGCAGUUUUGUUAAUUUCAUUUUGCAUAACCGUAAUGAAAUUCUUACGGUUAGGCGUUAAUAUUGAUAUCAACAACACCAUAUAUAUUGAUAUCAUAUUUCAAUAUUGAUAUCAACAACAACAACAGACCACUUCAAGCAUCACUACCAACAACAACAGACCACUUCAAACAUACGUUAGUCUUACUGAAAACUCUUUUAAAACUAGAUUUUACAAUCACCAAAUGUCAUUCAACUUGUACGAGAAAACUCAGUGUCGCACGUCUCUCUCCUCCGCAGAGGCUUUAGUUGGCUAUGAUUACGAUUAGUAUUGAGAUGGAACACGACUCGUGUUCCAAGAUCCGCCAUGUAAAGUGUAGUGAAAUGUAUCUCAACAAUCAUAGCCUGCCUCUGAAGGCUCUGAGGAGGAGAGAGAUUUUCCCGCCGAUAAUUGCUUCCUGUGCUUCGAGAAUAGUUCUCAACAUUUCCAAUCUCUCAUGAAGGCAUAGGUUGCAACUCUUUGCGCCGCUGCAAUAGGAUGAUGCUUGCUUCAGAAUUAUCGUUUCUUGUUCUUUAGAUGCCAAAUGUGCUUGGGCAGCUCAGUGGAUUUAACGUAGCUCGUAUCUUCGAAUGAGGUCUUAUGGUUGUAAUAACGUUUCUUAAAUAUGUUUGAUGUCAUCCCAAUGUAUUUCCUAAUUAUUCCUCUGUCGUCCUUGACCUCGGCUUUAUAGACAACCCUCUUUAUAAGGCAAUUAUUAUUUAAAGGGGCAUUCGUUGCUUUUUCGACAGUGCAUUUGUCGUUGGUAAAUGCUACUACAAUAUUCUUAGUCCUUACAAGGAUGCCAAAGUUAUGCUUGGAGAUGACGCUUAAUUUUACAGUUAUGUUAAUUUUAAAAGGUCUUGUGCAUGUAGCGGGUUAAGGUACGUUUACACGCUGCGAUUUGUCGGGCCGAUUUUGAAAAAAAAUCGAUGUCCCUUCUUCGACAUUUAGCGAUUUAAACGUUCAAUUGAAGCUGUCCGCUCUCUCGUCUGUUCAUAUUAUAGUUUUCUGUGUGCGAAAAGUUUUCAACAACUUUACAACGGAAGAAAAAUCGUUGAAUCGUGAGAAAAUCUGUGGUUUUGUUACAGAUUUUUCUCCCGAUUUUGUGAAUCGCAAUGUGCUGACGCGAGUACUCACGACAGGUUGUUUACAUACAGCGAGCAAAAUCGGCCCGACAAAUCGCAGCGUGUAAACGUACCUUUAGACGCAGGGAAAUGUUUGUCAAUCAGAUUUAGAAAGUUUCUACCAACAUUUCAAAUGCAAGGAAACAUUUUUAACACCCUCGAAUUUUCGAUACAUUUUCAGUGAAGCCAACUGAAACAAUCAAUUGUCGCGGUUUCGUCACAGUGGAUGAAGGCUGCAAAGACUUCACUGUGGAUGAAGGCAAAGACUUCACAUGUGUAUGCAGAGGUGAAAAUGGAAACCCUCCUGCCAGUGUAACUUGGUACAAAGAUGGCGUUCAGAUUGGUACAACAGAAAAAGAACAAACAUUGACUCGAAGUAAUGUUACUGGAACAGACAGUGGAACUUACAAAUGCGUGGCACAAAGCCACACUCUAACGGAAGAAAAAUCAGUUGUAAUUGUAGUAAAAAUUUAUAGUAAGUCAGCCAUUAUACAGUGUUUCUGCAUGGUCCUAUUUAUUUUUAAAGAAAAUUGAAAUUUGCCUAUGACCAUAAAAUAAAUACAUGCAUAUACAGUGACCGUUUAACUGACUCUAAAAGAUUAGAGGAUAAAUAGCU